CAAGGAGGUGAACGAAGUUGUUGCCGUGGGCAAGGUCCUAUCCACACCUUCAGGUCCUCCACAAGAUCUACCCACCACCACGGCCUCGUUCAUUACGGUGGCCACCCAUCAUGGAGUGCGGGUACUCCGUAUUUACCAGGCCUUUACCCUACAUACUCGUUGACAAACAAGCAAAAGACCCAAACUCUCCAUACACUUGGCCAUCACCUUUUGAUUCGCCCGCAAACGCUUCUGCAAUCUGCACUGCCUCGACCUUGCUUCAGAAGACAGACCAUGGAUGUUGAGGAAGAACCGGGGCCGCAUCGGAGCUACGGUCCCACGGCCAUGGCGGCUACUCUACUCAUCACCGUUCUAGCUCGUACAAGCGUCUCUGCCACCACAUUCGGCGUCAACGAUAUUACCUUCAGACCCGGAAAUCGUAUGCAUAGUCUCGUCCUGAGAUCGUCCUUGCGCUUAUUGGGGCAGGCAGCGGAAUCUCGGAUUGCCGUGAUAUCGGAUUAUCGCGAGAGAUCCCGUCUUCUUGUCCACCCUUGCGUCCACUUAAGAUGUUUGGCCGCUCCACCUCUUUUAUGCGGUAUACCACACGCCGUCUAUCGAUAA